AUGGCCGAAGCUUCACUAGUUCUCCAAUCAACAUUCAUCCCCACGAUCCCAGCUCAACAUACACUCAGAAACCACUCCAAUCUCUAUUUCCCCAUUUCAACGUCGACAAGAUGCGGCCUUUCCCACCGCUUUCGCUGCUCCGCCUCCACCGCCUCCUCCGAGAGCGCCGCCCCGACCGGCGUCCCGUGGGGAUGCGACGUGGACUCUCUUGAAAAUGCGUCUUCUUUGCAGGAAUGGUUGUCUCGUUGCGAGCUUCCUCCUCAGAAAAUGGCUAUAGAGAGAGUGGAUGUAGGGGAGAGGGGGCUCGUUGCUUUGAAAAAUAUCAGGAAAGGGGAAAAAUUGCUCUUUGUGCCACCCUCACUUUUCAUAACUGCAGAUUCUGAGUGGAGCUGUCGUGAGGCUGGUGAGGUGCUUAGGCAGUAUAACGUGCCGGACUGGCCACUGCUUGCGACCUAUCUGAUUAGUGAGGCCCGUCUUGCAAACUCAUCAAGAUGGAAUAACUACAUUGCAGCCUUGCCAAGGCAACCCUAUUCUCUCUUGUAUUGGACGCGUUCGGAAUUGGAUAGAUAUCUUGAAGCCUCACAGAUAAGACAACGAGCAAUAGAGAGGAUCAAUGAUGUCACUGGGACAUACAAUGACUUGAACGACAGAAUAUUUUCCAAGUACCCUGAUUUAUUUCCUGAAAAGGUGUUCAACAUGGAGAGUUUUAAAUGGUCAUUUGGCAUUCUUUUUUCACGAUUGGUUCGCUUACCCUCAAUGGAUGGAAAGGUUGCUUUGGUUCCAUGGGCAGAUAUGCUGAAUCAUAGUUGUGAGGUUGAAACAUUUCUAGAUUAUGAUAAAUCAUCUAAGGCAGUUGUUUUUACAACUGAUCGAGCAUAUCAGCCAGGUGAGCAGGUUUUUAUAUCAUAUGGAAGGAAAUCUAAUGGUGAGUUGUUGCUUUCAUAUGGAUUUGUUCCUCGAGAAGGCACCAAUCCUCGUGACUCAGUCGAGCUCUCACUGUCACUCAAAAAAUCCGACAAAUGUUACAAUGAGAAGUUGGAAGCUCUGAAGAAGCACGGACUAUCAGCGUCACUGUGUUUUCCGCUACAAGUCACCGGUUGGCCGAUCGAGUUAAUGGCUUACGCUUACCUGGCAGUCAGCCCCCCAAGUAUGAAAAAUCAGUUUGAUCAGAUGGCUGCAGCUGCAUCAAAUAAGAAUACUUCAAGUAAGGAUCCUAAGUAUCCUGAAAUAGAGGAAGAGGCAUUGCAAUUUAUUCUUGAUUCCUGUGAGGCCAGCAUCUCAAAAUACUCUAAGUUCCUUCAGGCUAGUGGAUCGAUGGAUUUAGAUGUAACAAACCCGAAGCUCCUGAACCGAAAAUUGUUCUUGAAGCAGCUUGCCGUUGACUUAUGCACCAGCGAGCGGAGGAUACUAUUCCGUGCUCAAUAUAUUCUGAGGAGGAGGCUGAGAGAUAUGAGAAGCGGCGAGCUAAGAGCUUUGAGGAUCUUUGAUGGUUUCAGAAAGCUGUUCAACUGA